AUACAUGUUUGCUUUCAGUAAAGAAGAGCAUGUUCCCAAAUUUCUCCAACUUGGGUCAUCCACCCUUCCCUCCAAAACAUCAGCAACGCAGUACCUUGUUCAAUAAGCUUCCUCUAAACAUACCACCUACUCUUCUCUCUCACCAGCAUAUUACUGAUGCUCAGUUUAACUUCCAGAAUGCAGUUCUUUCUAGGACUCAGUUGAGUGGUAACCUUGCAACUUUUCCAACUGUUACAUCUCAGCCAUUGCUUUAUGGAAAUGGCAGUUCAGUACAUGCAUCUGCUGCCUCUACGUCAUUCCAAGGAAGAAAGAGAAUAAGGGAACAAAGUGUUCCAUAUGACGUUAAACGGCAGCGGUUUCAUUCACCUCAUCGCGAAACAACGGUAGUUAACCAAACAGUGCCUUUAGCAGAAGAACGUAGAUACUCCUUCCCAGGAUCCACUCCAUCUCGACUGUUCCACGCGUGUUAUUUUCCUGAUUUAACUGGACAUGUCCCUCCAUUGCGAGACACUUUGUUUUCAGACCCUAUAGAGACCACACUUCCUGUGGCUAAAGACAAGAUAAGUCAGCAGGUUUUGGAGUUGUUUCAAGCAUGUCAGCAACAGACCUGUGACUUGAACAGAAAAGAACUCUGCAGAACAGAACUCCAGAGGGAAAUUCAGCGAAUUUUUCCACAGAGCAGACUCGUUUUGGUUGGAUCCUCACUGAAUGGCUUUGGCACUCGUAGCAGUGAUGGUGAUCUGUGCCUCGUAGUUAAAGAAGAACCGGUGAAUCAGAAGACAGAAGCAAGGCAUAUACUCAGUUUAGUCCAAAAACUCUUCAGUACUAAACUUUCAAGGUACAUUGAGCGACCUCAGCUGAUUCGAGCAAAAGUGCCAAUAGUGAAGUUCAGGGAUAAAGUCAGCUGUGUGGAGUUUGACUUGAAUGUAAACAAUGUUGUAGGAAUAAGAAAUACAUUCCUUCUGAGAACCUAUGCAUACAUUGAGAAUCGAGUUCGUCCACUAGUACUGGUUGUGAAGAAAUGGGCAAGUUUUCAUGACAUAAAUGAUGCCAGCCGUGGUACUCUAAGCAGCUAUAGUCUUGUGUUGAUGGUUUUGCACUAUUUACAGACCCUACCUGAACCCAUCCUUCCAUCCCUCCAAAAAAAUUACCCAGACUCUUUUGAUCCUACUAUGCAGUUGCACCUUGUUCAUAAAGCUCCAUGCACCAUUCCUCCUUACCUCUCAAAAAAUGGAUCAAGUCUUGGAGAUUUGCUAAUAGGCUUCUUCAAAUAUUACGCCACAGAAUUUGACUGGAGCCAUCAAAUGAUUUCAGUUCGUGAGGCCAAAGCUAUUCCAAGACCUGGUGGUAUUGAAUGGAGAAACAAGUAUAUUUGUGUGGAAGAGCCUUUUGAUGGGACGAACACAGCUAGAGCUGUACAUGAAAAACAGAAGUUUGACAUUAUCAAAGAUGAAUUUAUGAAGUCUUGGCAGAUAUUACGAGACAAGAAAGACUUGAACUGUAUAUUACCUUUAAGAACAACCAUACAGAAAAGAUAAUCAAAUUUUUUCAUUUCCUCCUUAUUGGAUCCUACUGAAAUAAAGAACAGUAUCAAAAUCGAUGCAGUUACCCCA